CCUCCCCGCCCGCCGCGCACACACACGCACACACACACACCGGCCGCAACAUGACGGGCGGGCGGACGGACUGACACACCGGGGCACCGCCGCUCCGCGCGGAUUAUUCUCCCCGCGCCGCGGCGACGCAGCGAAGCAGCGACCCAGCGGGGCGGGGGCAGCGCCGGUGCCGCGCUGCCAGGAGGGUCCCGGGCCCCGCCGGCGAGCGGCGAGCGCGUCGGGCGCUGGAGGAGCCCGGCCAGGUUGUUUUAUUGGCUGUGAAGAACUACGGACCCUGUGUGCCCUGAUGGGGGACUCGGGAUCCAGACGAUCGACUCUUGUGUCUCGGUUGCCAAUAUUCAGGAGAAGUGUCAGCCGGAGACACGACUCCCUUCCUUCCUCGCCUUCUUCUGCUAAUGCCAUUGGUGUCCACACCUCCUCCCCAUCCAGCACCAACUCCAGCUCAGGGAGCACAGGGAAGCGCCGGAGUAUUUUCCGCACUCCUUCCAUUAGCUUCCAUAACAGGAAAGGGAGCGAGCAGAAGCCUGACUCAGCGAGUCAAAAUGUUAACGUCUCAAAUGGUGCCCAGUCCUCUCUUAGCACUUUUCAAAAACUCAGCUUGGACGAGCACAUAAAAAGCAGAGGAAGGCAUUCAGUUGGCUUUGGCAGCUCACGUAGCAAGAAGAUAACAAGAUCUUUGACAGACGAUUUUGAAAAGGGAAAGGAGUCCUCAGCUAAUAAGAAUGUCUUUAUCAAUUGCAUAAGCUCUGGGAAGAAUGAGGGUGAUGAUUCAGGCUUUGCAGAAGAGCAAAGCCGAUACUCUGUCAAGCAGUCCACACGAAAACUUCUCACUAAAUCUUUUUCAUCACACUACAAAUUUUCCAAGCCAGUUCCAGAGAGUCAGUCGGUUUCCUCUGUGCAGCAGCCCAGGUGCUUGCUGGACGUUAAAUCCGAUGUGGAAAGCGAGCCUGUGAUGGCCAGGUCGUCCCCUCCCUGCUCGGCUGAGACGACGGAGUGCAUGGGCAGCUCGCUGCAGUCCCCGCUGCUCUCGGCCGACCUCACGGCUGCCCAGACCCCCUCGGACUUCGUCGCUCUGACCGAGGACUCUGUUUCAGAGGCUGAUGCCCUGCCCAGCAAUGGGCCUGGGGCACUGCUCGCAGAGGAUUUUGGCCACGACGUCUCUACCUCUCAGAUCUUCUUUAAUCCUGCUGCUGCUCCUGCCAGGGAGACACAUACUGUGCAAAGUACUGGCCAUUCUGCUGGUAUAUCUCCUGUGAGUCAUGCAAGCUCGUGCAGCGUGGAAUCCAGUACCUUAUUCAAAACCUCAGUUGUUAAUCAGACAAAAGUACUGUUGCAAGCCAAUGGACUACGUAUUAAUGAUGCCAGGCACAUAGAAAAAACCAAUUCAGAAAAUGCACAUUUAGAAACCUUGACAUUACAGUGUAGUGAGGAACCAGUGACACUCUCUCCAAAGGCACAGGGGUUGAGUGGGAGCAGAGAUGAAAGCACUCCAUCCAAGCACAUGAGAGACACAAUUCCUAUUGUAGAGUCUAAGACUGUUUCAUGUUCUGAACCUCAGUCCAUUAAAACACAACAGGGUUAUGAAUCAAACCAUCCUAAAGUUGAUCUUGCCAACAGCCUCAGUCCGUACCGGGAAGGCAGAUUUGUUGAGAAACGACUGAGAUCCUCUUCAGAAGGAACUGCUGGGGGCAGCCGGCUGAUCAUAAAACCCAAGGAUGGAAAUGCAGAGGAGCUUAACAGCCUGAGGAAGCAGAGAGCAAGCUCAUCCUCUUCCAAAAUGAACAGCAUGGAUGUUUUGAAUAACUUGGGUUCCUGUGAGUUGGAUGAAGAUGACUUAAUGCUUGACUUGGAGUUCCUGGAAGAGCAACAUCACCAUCGUUCUGUGUGCCGGGAAGACUCAUACCAGUCAAUAGUGUCAUGUGCUGCUGUAGUGCUCACCCCUGUAGAGGCGACAGUGGAUACAAGGAAAAAAGAACAGAUGAUAAUGCCUGAUGUGUCCAAACAGAGUCUGUCCCUGAAGCUGAAGGAGGUGGAGGCAGGAGAAGCCAGGCACCCUCGUGUGAGCCAGCUGGCUGGCAGCCCAUCUGUGGAGUGGCCUUUCACUGGUCUGGAAGAAGGUGGAGGCAUUGAGUCUCUGCCCUUCAGGUUGAUGCUCCAGGACUGCACGGCUGUAAAGACAUUGCUUCUGAAAAUGAAGAGGGUUCUUCAAGAGAGUACAGACAUGAGUCCAGCUAGUAGCACAACCUCCCUCCCUGUAAGCCCCCUUCCUGAGGAGCCAUUUUUUUUCAAGGAUGGAAUAAAAGAUGAAUGCUCAUUGCUGAAGCUGCAGCUGAAGGAGAGAGAUGAACUCAUAGCCCAGCUUCGUGAGGAGCUGGAAAAGGCUCAGUGCUUUCAAAAGGCUCUUGCUUCCCAAGCAGAUAAAUCCACACAGACAGAACUUGUAGGCCAUGAUACUACAUAUCCAGUCAGAAUGGCGAGCCAAAAUCUCAGCACAAGGGACAGAAAGUCAGCACAUACUCCCACCGAGGACCCUUUUAGGCACCCGCCGGGCGGCCAAGCAGCAGCGUACGAAAGCCAGAGCUGCCAGCUGUCCACCCUGUGUCUGAGCAGCCUGCUGAAGGAGAAGGAGAUGGCAGGAGCCCUCAGGCACAGCCGAGGCACGCUGGAAGCCCUGCCUUCAGAGGUGGCCCAGAACGGCGUGGCCGUGGCGAGCCCCAGCCCGGCCAAGGCAGCGCCCAGGGCUGGCGGGUUCCCCGUGUUCCCAGGAGCUGCCAAGGACCCAGCUGUGCCCCGGCAGCACAGCAGCUUCACGGGGAGGCUGGGGCAGCCCCCCAGGGGACCCAUCUCUUUACACAUGUACAGCAGGAAAAACGUUUUCCUCCACCACAGCUUGCACACGGCGGAGCUGCAGACUUUGGGCCAACAAGACGGCUGACAAGGGGCGGAUUUGCUUGCCAUGGAAGGAGAGUUGAUUAAAGAAGGGUGUAGGCUCACCCAGAGCUCUGUCUUCAGUUCUCAUCUGCUGCUACUUUCAUGCGAAAAAAUAAAAUAAAAUAAAAAUUUAACAUUUUCGGUAGGUUCUGUGUUUUCCCACUUUGGACUGAGGCAAAAGAAUGAAUGAGAUUGUUAAGUAACUUGGCUUAUUUAUCAUACAGAAGAAGUCACCAUAGGUUUAAUAAAUGGGACCAUUUGGCUGGCACUGCCAGUCCAAUAUUGGCUAAAUAUAUAUUUUUUCCCCUCUCUAAGUCACUGUCAUUUCCUGAAGUUCUAGAAGUUGAUCUUAAAUAAAACCUGUAUGUUUAAUAAUAUUGCUGUUCAAGUAGAUGUGAGGAAUUAAUAGAUAAGUAAUUAGUAAACCCUCUUGAAUUUCAUAGCGGUUAGGGAAAUAAGGAGUCAGAAAUCUUUAAGGACCCUCUUUUUACACUUUUUGCAAUACAGUGAAAUUUGGUCACUUACAGAGUGCUACCACUUCCUGCUGUAUGUGUUUCAUGAGUGCCUCAUGCCACAAGUGGAGGAAGGAAUUGAUUUUCCUCUAACAGGCUCACAGAGAGAUAUUUGAGUCGGUAAAUUGGGUCCCAAACUGAGGAUGUCAGCUUGUUUCCACAACCAUCCCUUCCCUCUUCACACUUCUAUUUAACUACAUUUUUUUGAGUGUUUCUGUUCUAUGAGGGCAUGUCAAGUUCUGGUGAUCUUUGUGCUUUACAGGCACUGUAGCACUCAUGAUGCAAUGUGACAUUCUGCUGUGUAAUUCAUCCUAUAAUUUCAUUUCACUUCCCAAACCAAAAAUGUGUGAAAUACUGAAGUAAGAGAAAUCAUCUUAUUACCCAGGCUGAACAACCUGCAUCAGUCAUAAUUUCUGUGGGCUGUGUCAUCUGCACUUAAGGACUUGUUAGUUUACACCAGCUCAGUGGGUUUGUUAGUCUUGACAUGUUACAGACAAGUGAGAUUAAUUUAUUGCCUGGUCUCAUGGAAGUAUGAAGUCAUCUGACCAUGCCACAGAACUUGGAGACCUGUCAGUAGCAAGAGAUCUGGUUUUCCCCUCUCAGAGGCUUGGAAACCUCUCAGUCCAGAGUUCUAAUGGCAUGUGCAGCUAGUAGUUUAAAAAUAAUUUGGCACAUUUAAGUACAAUUGAGGCAGAUCUGAGACAAGACACCUGUCUCUUUGACCAGUGAUUAAUAAGGAAAGACAAGGGUGCAGCACAUUCUCACACACAGAAACAAGCCAUUGUGACUUAACAGAUAGCAUAUAAUGAAAAAUUAAACUUCUGUAGCCACUAAAAAUCUGCAACUUUUAAAAGUCACAGAGAGUAUAUGAAAUGAAGACAAAAUUUUACCUAAUGUUAAAUAUAUCUGCUUCACUACUUAAUAUUUGGACUUGAUUAGACUAAGAAAAACAACAGACUAUUAGCUUGGCAGCUAUUCUGUAAAGUAAUUUCAGCAGCCUGAAAUUUCAGGCUUCUCUUUAUUGCGGAUUUUAUUUUGAUAAGAGCAGAUUUUAUUACAUUAUCUGAUGUUGAAGAGAGCAGGUUUUGUCUAAAUAUUCUGUAGUGAUAAUUUUGGGUAUCCAGAGAUGGGUACAUAAGAACCAAGACAAACAUUUGUCAAAAUUCUUCAUGUUCAUGUGUGCGUUGCUACUGCCAAAACAGAAUGUGCAAAAACUGCAAACACACCUUUACCAAAUUAACUAUGGGUAUUCAAGACUCCCAGUCCUGCAUUGAAAAUCAUAAUUUAAAGUUUGCCAAACAAGUUUAAAGUAGUAAUAAGAUAAUUUCACUACUCAGAAUCAAUUUUUCUUCUUAGCAAUAUCUUAAAGUCAUGGUAGAUUGAAAGGACAAAUAAUUCUUGCUAACAAUUAAUUUCAGUAUUGCUCAUCUCAAGAGCUGAUGUUUGAAGUUCAACUUCAGAUCUGUAAAUAAAUAAUUUAAACAUACACUGUAAUCAAGGAAUUUUUUUCCAGGAUACAAAUGUACUGUACUACAUAAACAAAACAAAAUAAAAACAAAAACAAAAAAAGAAACACACACACAAAAACAAACAAACAAACAAAAAAACUAAACAAACCAAUACUCUCUUCAGUUUUAGGUUAUUUACUGUAUCUAUAGGGUUUUUUUCCUGGAAAAAUGGACUUUUGGAUUACACUUUAUUAAAAAAAAUCCAUCUAUAAACUUCAAAAAUAGCAUUUUAAAUGCUACUAUUUUCUUGGAGAAUCUUUUAUAGAGCUGAAACUUUAAAAAAACUGGAAAAAAACAGUUCAUUGAAAAUGAGGGAUAUUUUUAAAAUGUCAUCUUGAAGCUGUUUUGUAUCCGUAUUUUCAGCAUUGUUAUGUUAUUUGUAAUACUAAGUGUAAAUCUCACCCAGAGAAGGGUAGUAGCCACAUGUUAAUGUACAGUACAGCAGUAACUGUAAAAGAGGUCCUUUCUUUGAUCCUCUUGUGUAUAUAGGAGAUCAUAAAGCAACAGCAUGUGGACAUUCUUGCAGUGAAUUGAUUCCUUUGUACUAAAAAAUCUCUAGUUUUUUAAGAGUUCCAUGUACAAAAUGAUUUAUACAUUUCUCCAAGGCUGUACAUAUCCAAAGACAUAAUAGCAGGGGGAGAAGGCAUUUCUUUUUUUUUUUUCCUCAUGCAUGUACCUUUCUUCCUUUCUUUUUUAUUCCUCUUUCUGUACAACAAAGCAUAACUGCAAAUUUUCUGCUUAAAAUUCCUUGUUAGUUCCAUGUCCUUCAGUCUGAUAGAGGGCAUGUUAAGGAGGAGGAAAUCCCCAAAGAAAAAUUGUUUCCAUCUGAAGCAGUGUCCGUCCCACAUUUUUAAAGCAAUCACUUGGCAAAAGAAACCUUAGAUCUGUGCCCUAAAUACUUUUUAAAAUAAUUUUACAGAACCACACCUGAAAUGUGCUUAUCAUCAUCUCUAGACUUACCCUGACUAGGAUGUGUUCAAAAGACACAAUAUCAUGCUAGGGCCAGCCCUGGUCAUAAGUUGUUGAGAUGGUAGGAGAAUAUUUGUCCAACACUGUUUUUAUAUUUGGCUUUCAGAGCAGUGGAAAGGGGUUUUUGUGUACCUUGUGCAUGUGGAUGAAGCUCAAGCUGUGUGCUUGUGCAUACUGGAAAAAGAAACCUUGCUACAAAGCUCUCCUCUAUUUAGGCUAUUUAGCAGUAUAUAAAAGCAACAGAAAUGUUUGCCACCUUUCCAGACAGGCCAGCCCUCUGUAUGUAAAAUGAAACAGCCAGAUAGAUUCCUUUACUUCAAUCCAGACUCUUACUGAGUUUUAUUCCACACACCUCCACAUAAAGGUUGGUUGGGCUUUCCUUAUGUGGCUUCUUUUCUGGAAAUUUUGAAAGGGUGUAUAUCCAGACUAAGAUGCUCAAAUGAUAAGCAUUUCAAAGCUUACCAAAAUGUUCAUGUUUCUCCUACAGGUUCAUUCCAGUCAUUACAAGUUCAUUACCAAUAAAAGUUGGUGUUCUGCUCUUUCCAAAAAGCCAGUUUGAAAGUAAUGAUUUCUGUGCUGACUCACUUUAUACUGUUAAAUACACAGUACACUCUUCAGACUUAAUAAAACCAAGGUUUUACAAAUCAGUACUGUACUUUAAAUGCCCUAAGAGAUGUGCCAUAUCUCUGCUGGUUUGAUGAGUAUGACAUUAAUUUUGAUUAGGUUAUACUGAGUUAAGGCACCUGAUGAUUGGGAUUGUGGUCUUUAAUCCAGCUAGUCUCAGUUUAUUCACAGGAGCUCUCUAAAUCUGGAAAUCUUUCCUGGUUCACAAAAAAAGACAAGAAAAUACUUAAUCUAACAAAAACAUCAGAUCAUGAUCUAUGGUGAAUGCACUUUUAUUUCCCCCUUCACAUUCAAAAGCAAAAAACCCCUGCAAACCCCUUUGUACAUCUACACAGUUCACAAAUGACAUAGAGUAACAUCUAGCAAAAUGCAAAAUCUUGAAAUAAAUAUCUAGAGAAAAAAGUACAGGGGAGCCUUCUCACAGAUCUUUGUAAAGUUGGUAAGUUUGUAAAGAUGUUGGUAACUUCUGUAUCUGAGUUCAGUAAUGAAAUAUGUUCCAUGGCUUCUACCCUUCUGCCUCUCAUGUAUAUUUUCAGGGGGAGAAUUUGCUGUUUGAAGCUUUUUCUAUAGAAAGCAGGCAGUACAGUGUGAGAAAGUACAUUGAAAGUAUCUGUGGAGGUCUUCUCCCAGCUGGGGGAAACACAGCAUCCUUUCCAGGAUGUGUCUUAGUGUUCUUCAGCCAGCAGGAAGUUAACAGAGGUUCCUCAGGAGAACAGCCUCAAAUCAUGCAGACCACGACUGUCUUCAAAUAGACCUUACUUUAACAUGUCCCAUAUAAGACACUUCUAAAAUCAUAUGGAAACUUAAACAGCUGCAGAAUACACCUUGGUGGGUUGUUGGGGUUUGGGGUUUUUUUGAGAUAAAAGUGCCAUGAGCUAGUUUUAACCUUAUAAACUCUGGAACUUGCAUGCUCACUGGUGAUCUACCCAGGAUGUGAGGGUUUAUCCACUGUAAUGGAUAUGGUAGUAACUCCUCACAGUAUAAAGACAUUGGAUCUUUUCCCUGAGGAGUUUGAGAUUUGCAAUGUAUUUUCACUCUAGGAGAGCUAUCUGGAUUUAAUUAUUUUCUUCUUCAAGGAGCUUCAGUUGUUGCAAAGUCAGUGGAAAAGAAACUUACUUAUUGAAGAAGUAUUUUGGAAAGAUUUUGUGAUUAAUUGUAUUUUAAAAUACACUUUAAAUUUAUCUCCCUGUAAAAACAAGGGGGGGAAAAAAGGAAAAAAAAAACUUUUAUCAGCAUAUAUUUUCCAUAAAUCUGUGAUUCUCACUAGCCACAGCUGUCACUUGUGUUCUGUGCACCUGUGAUAUAUUUUUGGAUUUGCUGUUUUUGUUGCCUUCAUUAUCUGGAAAUCAUUACCUCUGGUUCUGGGGAGGUUUUGCCAUCAAUCCAGUACUUGAAGCACACAGGCUGUUGAGGAUUUCUGCAGAAGUAAUCCUGGUACUCUGAGAGCAGCACAGCAAGAAACUUACCUGGAGGUCUCUGAGUUUUUCCUGGGGACGGAAAACCUAUUCUGAGUGAUCUUAACUAUGAAGGAUUUGUGAAAAUCUUUUGCAUGUGUUUGGAUUCUACAUCCAUGUAGAGGUUAUGGAACAGAAAAUACUCCACUGAGAAGAUUUUUCUAGUGGGCUAAUAAUAUCUCCAUAUAUUCUGUAUCAUGACCCUUUCUGUCUCUCUGGAUUUCAGGAUCACUUCCCUUAGGUGUGGAGUUGUGAUGACUCUGUAAACAGGUUGCACCACAGUGUUAUUUCUGUUAUGAGAAGGCUCCACUGGAUUUUUUUUUUUUUUUAAAUUUAAAACAUCUCAUCAUUAAAAUAUUUUAACAUUUUCCCCAGAACUGCAGUGCUGCUGGGGUAGUAGAAAGCAGUGCAUUCACAGAAAAUGUCCCUUUCCUAUCUGUGUAGGCUCUUGGUGAGUUGAGGUCACAGCUGAUUUACAUCUACCCAAAAACUGUCAAAUUACUUUAGCUCCUACAUAGAAAAAUACAUUGCCAUGUUUGACCCUGCUUUUGUCACAUUGGAAAGGCCCUAAUAAUGUAGUUUUUAAAUGCAUAUGGUUAUCAAUAGUAGUAGUGGAAUUUUAGUUUAUUUUGAGUUGUCCAUUAUGCCAAUGCACUUUAUAUAAUGGUUUAAUAUGAAUUACAGAGGGACUUUUUUUUUUUUUCUGACUUAAGAUUGAUUUCAACAGGGUUCAGAAUUCUCUACUUAAAUUUAAGCAUGUAAGCAAUCCCAUAAACAGUCAAAUCCCUCUUCUUUAAAUGCUAACACACAAAUAAAUAACAUUUUUUCUGACAUAAACAAUUUCUGUCAUGUUUAUUGUUUGAAAGGUAUGAUGUAUAAAAAGUGUUUUUAUUAUUUCUAAAUAUAACUACUUUUCAAACACUUCACAAAAGAUAAGAAAUGGCCUUCAUGCUAAAGUCACUUGUCCAGCUAUACCACUAGGUUUUGUUUGCCAAAUCAUUAAUUUCUUUUUUAAAUAAAAUGUAUUUGUUUUCCAUGGUUAAGAGUGUGAAAAAAAGAAAAUGUUUUAGUACAUGCUCUGCAGAGUGUGUGGAGAGAUGAUCAAUAUCACAAGGAGAAUAUAAGAAUCAAAGUCCCUAAUCAGUGAUGCAUCUGAUGUUUUUUAAGCAAGAGGAUCAACAGGAUAUAAAAAUCUAUGUAAGAGGAGAACAGAUGUUUUGUUGCUCAGAAAAGUCUAAUGGAAGGGUGACAGAUAAAUAGCUCUUUUUCCCUUCCAGGGCUGGUGGUACAGAGCCAUUUGCUGUGAAAUAACACUGAAGCAAUAUAUUUAUAAAGUAGAUCUAUUGGAAUAACAAGAAAUGAGAUUAAAUGGUCACAUAACACCUCAAAGUAUGGUGAAGAGUACUUCCAUAAUUUGAUCAAACAGCAUCUGAGUGAAUUUACAUCUUUUUAUUACCAGGGUAUUAUCUUUAUCUGAAGGAUAAGUGUCAGCAGAACAGUGCAAUUUGCAUUGUAACAUAAAAACAAUGCAGACAAAAAGAAUAAAUGAAAAGAUUCUGCCUCUAAAGCCUUGCACUUUGUACAGUCUUCUCUAACUGCCUGAAGUAGUUUUAUGUAAUUUUAUUUCGUGCAGCUGUGGUAAUGCCCUUUUGUUGGGCAACGAGGAGAAAACUUGGAAGAGUCAUGACCCAAACCCUACAAGAGCUGCCCUCAGGUAACAGGGUCACAGGAUCCUUUCCUGUAAAGGAUCAGGGAUCUUGUGAGAAAACCUUUAUACAAACAUCCCCACAAACAGCUUGGCCUGUGUGAAUUUCAAACUGGUUAGGGGAAAAGAUAAUUUGAAUUUUAAAAAACAAUUAUUAAAACUCCGAGUAUUUUUGAAAAUAUGUUCUUUGGUACUGCUGAGGGCCAUUAGAGAGCUUUGGGCAUUUUUCUAUAAACAAAAGUGUUCUGUUUCAUGUAUUAAAAUAGGGCAUUUUAUCUGAUCAUUUCCCCAUUGUGAAUUUGUCUGUGAGCAUCCUGCUGUCCAGGAUGAUAUUUUUAAAAACUACUGGCCUUUUAAUAAGACAGUGAAUUUUCUAUUCUGUGCUGCUAAACACCCAUUUAAUUUUAAUAACAGUACGUGGCAAGGCUAUUUGUUAUAUACUAUUGAUUUUUUUUUUUUUUUUUUUGUAUAAUUGGCAAUACUAUAGAGAUUACUUGAAUUAGAGACCUUAAAGAGCAACACAGAUGAGAAAAGGGGGAAAAUACUAACUUGAAGGUAAGGUAUAUGUAAUGCACCUUUGAAGUGUGUUGAAGAGUAAAGUUCUGUGGGAGACAAAAUAAAACUUUUCCACUGAACACACUUAAAUCAGUCUAGGAUCAUUUUCCUGAUUUAGAUGGCAACCUUGAUUUAAAAGGAAAGAAAUGAGAAUAUUUUUGCUGAGAGAUAACACACUUAAAAAUCAGCUUGGAGCAGAAUUUGCAAUAGUGAAAGUAUUUGCUUCAUGGUAUGGUUGGAAAAGAAAGGUGUAAAAUGUAUCUGACUCCUGAUACAUAAGUUCAUUAGUGAUUUUAGUGGUUUUACUCUAGAAAGCCAUUAAUUGGUUAAACCCAUUCUUAUUUAACAGGCAAUUACUUUGUAAUAUUUAAGAAUUGCCAAGGCAUAACCCAAAUCUUUGGCUUUAGUACCAAACAUCCUCUGUUUUUUUUUUUUUUCUUUUCUGUUCUUUUCUUAAUUGUUUUGAGGUUUUGUAACUUCUGUGCAAUAAGAAUGUGAUUGUUUCAAAUUCAGUCAUUUUGCAGUGGCUGAAAACAGAUAAUGUAGCCUUUAGAUGAGAACACUGUUAUCUCUGACAGAUAUCGAGCAGCAUUCUGUUGUUUUUUUAAAAAUCAGAUUAUUGGGUAAAUAAUUUCUGUGGAUUACUCUGAAGAGUUAUGUCAGUUUGUAAAACAGUACUAUGGGAUUCUGUUGGUAUUAUUGAAUGGUCAUUUGUUUGUUCCUGGCAUUUAUUUUCCUUCUAUGUUUUGUGGAAAGAAAUAUUAUUUUUUAAUAUUUGUACAGACUUUUAACUUUAUUGUAGAGGUCCACAUUCAUAUAUUUCCAUAUUUGAAAUUAACAUAAAGGGCUCUUGCAGGUUUUUUUUUUC